CACUACGGAGGGACGUAAGCCUCAUGUCCCUUUACCGGUAAACUAUAACUUUAACAUUAAAGGUGUUAAUUCGUUUAUAUAAUAGUGGGUAAGCACACGUACACAUAAACGCGCAGGCGCGCACACGCAUUGUGCUGUGUCCCUAACGCGCAUGCGCACAACUAUAAAGGAAGAAGACGACAGCCAUCUUCGUGAGGUCGAAAAGCUCAGUGAUGCCCAGACAUUGCUCUGCCGCUGGCUGCAACUCACGUGACACCAGAGAAGCUCGGAAAUCUGGUCUCACUUUUCACAGGUUGCCAAAAAGAGGCAAUCCUCGGCGUGCUACCUGGAUUCUUAAUUCUUGUCGCAAAGGUCCGGAGGGCAAAGGGCAGUGGGACCCUCAGAGUGACUACAUCUAUUUUUGCUCCAAACAUUUCACCCCUGACAGCUUUGAACUCUCUGGGGUCAGUGGCUAUCGCAGACUAAAAGAUGAUGCAGUACCCACCUUGAUUGAAGCCCCAGCUUACCAAAGAGGAAAGAGCUCCAAAGCAAAAGGCCGGGCACAUCAUGUGGAAAAACAGAAAAGAGCAAGUAGUGGAAAAGGGAAACUAAAGAGCAAGGACACUCCAGUCAGUGAUGCUUUCGUACAGAAUGCAACUGCAGUUGAUGAAGCUGAAAACUCCAGCACGAUAAAUGGGGAAAAUGGAAAUGAGCAAAGGACUUCACUUUUGUCUCAAGAUGUUCAAACUAAUAAGAUAUCAUCACAAGGUCAACCAACAGAUGAACCCACCCCUGAACCAACAUCCCCACGACCACCUUCUCCAUCCUGCUACAUGAGGCGUCUCCCCCCACCUCCUGGCUUUUAUCUGGCCAAAGAGCACAACUAUGCUCAGCUCUGCCCAUUGGUGUGGCGUAAACGUUAUGACAAAGCUAUCGACAACUUGGAGAAAGCUCUACGUCUGCUUAGUGCUGCCCGCCGCCGGGAAAACCGUCUGCGGCUCACCCUUCUUCGCCUUAGAGAGCACAGACUAAAGAGCACUUUAUCCCGGACUCCAGACAGUGGUCAAAGGAAGGAGGGUCGUGGGAGGCCUCGCCUUUCUGCUCCACUGAGUGGAAAAACUGCAAGAGCAGACUUACGUGGGCUGGAAGAGAAUGAGAUAGAGGGUGCGCCAGAAGACAUGGAUAUUUUCACAGAAGAAGGUUGGAGACGGCCAACACCAACAACAAAAGAGAGGGCACCUGUAGAAGAGGAGGAAGGAUGCUGUUUUUAUUGUGGACGAGGUAGAGAAGACGAGGAAUCCAAAGAAGUGCGGGAUAGAAGACAGUGUCUCAGAGCCACAGAAACCCAAGUGUCCCAUGGCAGUUCUAAACUGAGGAGAAUUCAGAAAGGUAAAAGUGGAAAGACGUUUGGCAUGUUCUCAGACCAAAUAGUUGAGAGCACAAAAAGCAAUGCUUCUGUUGCCGAGCCAAAGGACUGUUACUUAUUAUACUGUGAAACUGAUUCAAGAAAUGAGGACCAAUCAAAGUCUCUCUCCACGGAUUUGCCUCCACAGCAGGAGAAAGUAGAUAGGGAAGCUUCUGUGGAGCUUUGCGGUAAGCAGUUGCAACAAGUUACCCUGCUGCAUCCUCAGACUGAAAUGCUCCUGCAAAUGCAUACUCUGCCCGGACCUACACAACCCACAAUAACAGUACAGGAGGCAACCUCGUCCACACCUCAGUUGCCUCAGGUUCAUCUUCUGCAGCCCAGUUUGGGCCUUCAGACGAAUCUACUCCUUCCAGAUGUGGCCAUGAGAGAGGGAAAUGUGACACAAAAUGAACCAGAGUGGGGAAAUCAGAUAUAUUGGGUGCAAGAAAGAACAGAUAGACAUUUAGUGCUGGUACCUGUUCCUGCUAGAAAAAGUGAAAAGAGUGGGGUCAGUGUUGACAGUGGGCUUCAGAAUACAGAUACUCAGUCGAUACUGGUGACAGAAGAAAGCUUCCAACAAAGAGUCAGUGAAGAGGGGUAUAACGAAGCAGAAGGGUUCAGAAAUUCUGCCUUGAGAAACUGUCCAAACAGCCAACCGUCAAAUGUGAGAGCUACAGUGGUAAGUGGAGAUGUGAGACAGAGACUGAAGGAACAUCUGGAGGGGUUUCAUCUGCAACUUACCAAUGAAUUUACUGACUGAAUAAGGUGUUUUUUACAAUUGUCUUUGACUCGUGAAUAUGAAUCAAAUCAUUAAACACA